AUGGCGUCCGCCCUGUUCUCUUUCAUUGACUCCAUUGGAGAGACCUUUGAGGGAGUUGUGGAGAAUGUCGAGACUGUCGUUGGCAGUGUGGAGAAGGAGGUUGACUCGGCCAUGCAGCAGAUUGAUGCCGGAGUCGACCUGGAUGAUGUCCUGGAGGAGAUCCAGCUUGCUGGCACUGACGAGGCGGCGCUUCUGCUUGCCUACAAGAAGCUCGAGGUGCUUGCGCAGAACCAGACCGCAGCCAUCCUGCACGGCUGGGUCGUUGAGGACCGUGUGGUGCCAGUGGUCUGUGCGGCGCUCUGCCGCGUCGAGUCAGCGAGGCUCGCGGCCGGGCCGCUGGCAAGGACUUUGAAUGGCAUGGGCCAGGCCCUGGACCUCACCGGCACGACUCCCGAGGAGCUCCGCGCCUUCCAUGAGCAGAUCGUGCGGCGCACGGAAAACGGAAAGGCCAUGCUGAAGCUGCUGCAGGCUCAAGAUUUGGCCUCGCGCACGCAAGGCUUCGUCCUGCUGCGACGGGUGUAUCCGGAGACCAGCGCAGUCUUGGGGCGGCAUCUCCUCAGCGACCCCGAGUCGAUUUCCGCGCUGACCCAGAUUUUGCAGGCUGCUAAAGCUUCCACAUGGGAAGCUGAGCGGAGUGCGGAAAUCGUGCUUUGUGCGGAGUGCGUUCGCUUUCUGCGCUUGGUGACAGCCAAUGAUGGGGAUGUGCGCAUGAUUGUGACCUUUCAGGAUGGUGCGGAGGCUUUGCUCUCCAUCGCCGCCCGGGCGCUGAGCGCGCGCGUGCCCGCGGCCGAUCUGGCGGUGGACGCUUGCGUCUGCGUGAAGCAACUGGUUGGACAGGGCCCAGUUGCGCAGAAGUACAUGCGAGAGGCUGGGCAUUUGUUGACCUUGACCCGCACCCUGCACUCCGUGUUCGCUGCGCUGGGGCUGUCUGAGGCGAACGAGUGGACGUCGGGCCUUCGGAACGUGGCCACCACACUGCUGGAAUGCCUGGCAACCUUUGUGGCGAAGGCUAGCAAUGAGGCGGCUGACAACUCCAAAGCUAUCGUGCAGUCCGGCUUGGUGGAUUUGGUCUGCCAAGAGGUGCUGCCGUAUCCUCGCCUGGAUCCCUUGCGGCUGCAAGCUGUCGAGGUCUUGGCUGGGGCGGCCAAGGUGGUCCCAACGGUGGCCUUCUUGCAGGCCCCGCUGCAAAGCGGCACUGUGCUGGAUUUGCUGGUGGCAGCUCUGCUGGAGGCGAACGUGUCAGAGCUGCGAACGGGAUUGGAGGGCUUGCUGAUGACCUCCAUCGAGCGCAGCCAAGAUGUUCGCCAGGCCCUGGUUCACAUGUUUCAGGAGGACUCAACUGGAGGCCUCCUACGUGCCCUCACAGAGAUCUCGGCAAAGUCCGUCGAGCCAUCCAACACUUGGUUCUCUGCGCGGCUGCUGGGUCACUGCCUGCGCUGCGAGCCGGAGCUUCGUGGACAACUUGCCAGGCCGGAGUCGGGUGCGUCUCUCUCGUCCCUACUGGGCCCAACCACGGCGCUGGCCCGCGCCUGGCGAUCCGAGGCUCACGCCGAGAUGUGCCUUUGUGCACUGCUGCAGCUCUUGGCCGAGUGGUGCCACGGCUGCCCGGCGGCUGCGGAGGUCAUCUCCUCCUCGCCCGCACAGCUGCCCGAGCUCAUGGCCCUGCUGGAGUCGUCAACCACAGCGGCCACCACGCAUGUGCGGGGCCUGGCGGCGCUGGUGCUGGGCACCUGCCUCCUGGAGCUGCCCGAGGCCGGGUUGGUGGGUGCUUCGCGGCUCAUGGACAUCAUCGCCUCCCGUGGCGUUGAGACGUUCACCCGGGCCGCAGAGGAUUUCCAGAGAUGCCUUGACAAGCCUGCAAACGCCCAGCGCUACCAUGGGGGCUUUCACGCCUGGGCCUCCUCGCAAUUUCAGAAAGUUCAAGAUGCGAUGGUGCGCAUUUGGCUAGAGCAAGGUGAGCGCGAGCGGCCGGCGCAAGGCAUGGCCGAGGAUGUCGCAGGGCACUUCAAGGACUUGAUCAAGAUGCAGGACAAGGAGCUGCGGGACUUGCGAGCAGAGGUGCAGCAGCUGAAGUCAGAGAACCACGAGCUGCGGAAGCUCACGACGGACGAAGACAAGACUCUGCUGCUUUGGAAGGUUGGGGCGCUCACCAAGCAGUGCGAGGCGCUGCAGGUGCAGUGUGACCUUCUGCAGGCGAGCCGAAGCUCGGUGGAGGUGGCCAGACUGCGCGAGCGCCAAGCCCUGCGGGAGCAGCGCCAGGAGCUUGAGCAGCAGCUCCAGGUGCUGGCCCUGGCCUUGGAUGAGGCCGACCUUGCGACGGCGAAGGAGCCGUCCGAGGAGCCGUCCCAGGCGUCCCAGUGCCAGAUCAUUGAGAUGGACGAAAGGGACGAGCUCUUGGCGGUGCUCAGUCAGAUCCACCGGUCCUGCCCCGAGGCCGCGGCCUUCCUGGCACCGCUGGGCCGCUUCGCUGCCCCGGAGGUGAAGGUCAGCGCCUGGGAGGACGCCGCGGACCGCCUCGGGCGCCAGGCGGAGGCAGUGUCUGUGCUGGCAACAAGCCAUGGCCAGCGAGUCUCGGAGCUGAAGGAGCAGCAGGAGCAGCGAAAGCAGCACGAAGGUCAGCAUCAGGGAUACAGCCAUGCCAACAAAGGUUCGCCGCACGGGUCAGAUUCGAGGGCUCCCUGGAAGCUGCCAGAGGGCUGGAUGGCCUACACAACUGCAGAAGGGCACGUGUUCUACCACAACCAGAGCACAGGGCAUUCACAGUGGGAGCCACCUCGGUGA